AUGGGGAGGAAGAAGGGAUCGCCGGAGUUGGAAAAGACGGCGCCGGAUGGUUUUCGAUCCGGAGAAUCCGAACAAGGAUACGGUGGUUAUGGUUGGGAUGAGAGAACAUUUAAUUCUUUCUCGACGCUAAUCACGGUGACGGGAAGGGCAAAGAUCACCGUCAUGUGUCUCUCCACGUGUGGAAUCAGUAUCUCUGUGUUAGUGGUGUCUCUUUAG